AUGGCCGCUGGGUUGGUGCGGGCCGGGGUGUUGCUCUUCUUCCUCUGCUCGGGGCUGGCCUGCGGUCCCGGGCGGGGUUUCGGCAAGCGGCGCCACCCCAAGAAGCUGACCCCUUUGGCCUACAAGCAGUUCAUCCCCAACGUGGCCGAGAAGACCCUGGGCGCCAGCGGGCGCUACGAAGGCAAGAUCAGCCGGGCCUCGGAGCGCUUCAAGGAGCUCACCCCCAACUACAACCCGGACAUCAUCUUCAAGGAUGAGGAGAACACCGGCGCCGACCGACUCAUGACCCAGCGUUGCAAGGACAAGCUCAAUGCCUUGGCCAUCUCAGUCAUGAACCAGUGGCCUGGGCUCAAGCUCCGUGUCACUGAGGGAUGGGAUGAGGACGGGCACCACUCUGAAGAGUCCCUCCACUAUGAGGGCCGCGCGGUUGACAUCACCACUUCCGAUCGGGACCGGAGCAAGUAUGGGAUGCUGGCCCGCCUGGCUGUGGAAGCUGGUUUCGAUUGGGUCUACUAUGAGUCCAAGGCCCACAUCCACUGCUCCGUCAAAGCAGAAAACUCGGUGGCUGCCAAAUCAGGCGGCUGCUUCCCUGGCACUGCUUGGGUGAACUUGGAGCAAGGAGGCACCAAGCUGGUCAAAGACCUCCAUCCUGGCGACCGGGUGCUGGCGGCAGAUGUGCAGGGCCGCCUGUUCUACAGUGAAUUCCUCGCCUUCUUGGACCGGGAAGAGCCACCUGUUCACAAGCUCUUCUACGUGAUCGAGACCCGACAUCCCCGGACGCGCCUCUUGCUCACAGCUGCCCAUCUGCUCUUUGUGGCCUCUCCGCAGAACCAUUCCCAUCCGCAGCCCAUUUUUGCCAGCCGGGUGCAGCCAGGCCAACAUGUCUAUGUGCUGGGCCAAGGGGGUCAGACACUGUUACAGGCUGCUGUGCACCGGGUGUCCCUGCAGGAAGAGGCCUCGGGGGCUUAUGCCCCUCUUACCACUCAGGGCACCAUCCUCAUUAAUCAGGUGCUGGCUUCCUGUUAUGCCGUCAUUGAAGAGCAUAGCUGGGCCCACUGGGCAUUUGCCCCUUUCCGAGUUGCCCACACUCUCCUGGCCAUGCUGUACCCUGCUGGUCUCUCAUCUCCAAUUCUCUUUCCAGCUGCUGCACCAGAAGAUGCUCCAGGUGGAGUCCAUUGGUAUUCUCGCCUCCUUUAUCACCUUGGCCGCUGGCUAUUGGAUUCUGAGAUGAUGCACCCCCUGGGCAUGGCCAGCUGAGGGAGGUAGCAUUCGAAACUCCACUUUGACCCAUCAUAAGAAUCAAAUAAUAAGACUGGGGAGGGGGGGAACUAAGAUGAAGAAAGAAAAAACAAGAAAGACUUUGAAACAAUAGUAGGACAGUCCAAAGUAGACUUUAAGGUACAGGAAGAGCCCAGGAAGGUUUUUUUUUUUUUGGUUGCCAUUGCCAUUUUAGUUUAUAAAUAUAUAUACAGUAUAUUUUAUUUGAUUUAUAUAUAUAUAUAUAUAUAUAUUUGGUCUGUUUGUUUCCUUGUUUUGUCGUCCUCAUCUCCUGGAUAUUUAUUUCUUUGUUAUUUUGAAAUAGAUGUUUUAAAGAAUAUGAACCCAACCUUCAAGAGCCUUAAAUUGUUUCUUUGAUAAUUUAUUAUCAUGUGAACUGUACACUCACAGGGAGAAGAAAAUUAUUUUGCAAGGCCAAGCAAAACUGCACAGAGUUCUAUUUUUCUAUGUGUCAUAUGUGUGUCCUGACUUUCCAAAAGUAACCCUCCUGUCCUUCCCGUUGAUCCCAUUGCUUUGCAGUCUCCCAACGGCGAGUCUCGGAACAAACAAAAGACCUUUUCCUUGUGGAAGAGGGAGGGGGAAUCCGUAAAUUAUAUUUUUAUACACAGAAUUGUAAAUUCAAUUUUUUUUUUGAGAAAGAGAGAGAGAGAGAGAGACUGAGAGAGAGAGAUCAAUACUCAACAGUCACAUUUCAUUAUUAUUUUUUCUUGAAAUAGUGUAAAUUACAAGAAUAUAUUAUUUUAAUUUAAAUAGUAUCAAAUGUAGUGUCAUCUCCUGUAUUGUUUUUGUUGUCUUUGAAACAUUUUUGCUUUGUAUGAAAAUAACUUCCACUCCUUUUGUCCAUACCCUUGGAACUCAAGACUGUUACACAACCGAAUCUAUUUGCAAAACUCUGGGGAGAAGAAGCUCUCUUAUUUUUACCUUCAAAAAUCAAGAAGAAGAAAAUUUAUGAGAAAAUAUUUUUUAAAAAGCGCACAUGUUGGCUAUUAUGUGACAAUGGAGAAUAGUUUGUACAGAGCGGGGGGGAAAGGAUGUUUUGGAUUAAUAAACUGAUAAAUAACCGCUGUCAAUUUACUAAAAUGUAUUUUUGAAUAUUUUGUAAUAGUUUUAAUAGUUUUAUAGAAAUAAAAUGUGCCAUGCACA